UACAGUGACCCGGAAAAACAAUCCACAGCUUCCGGGUCAUUCGUGCAUGUCGCUAUUCUGUGUAGUUUGCAACACUUUUGCAAUUUUAGGUUUAAUACAUUUCUUGUAAACAUGUCCCGGGGUUCUAGCGCGGGGUUCGACCGUCACAUCACCAUCUUCUCUCCGGAGGGAAGACUUUACCAAGUAGAAUAUGCAUUCAAGGCCAUAAACCAGGGUGGUCUGACAUCAGUUGCUGUUCGGGGGAAAGACUGUGCUGUAGUCGUUACACAGAAAAAAGUGCCAGACAAGCUGCUUGAUUCUUCCACUGUCACACACUUAUUCAGAAUCACAGAGAACAUCGGCUGCGUGAUGUCAGGAAUGACAGCUGACAGCAAGUCUCAAGUGCAGCGAGCUCGAUAUGAGGCCGCCAACUGGAUGUACAAGUAUGGUUAUGAGAUUCCAGUAGACAUGCUUUGUAAAAGGAUCGCUGACAUCUCUCAGGUUUAUACACAGAAUGCAGAGAUGAGGCCGCUCGGCUGCUGCAUGAUUGUGAUUGGUGUAGAUGAGGAGCUCGGGCCACAGGUGUAUAAGUGUGACCCAGCAGGUUAUUACUGUGGCUUCAAGGCCACGGCUGCAGGAGUCAAGCAGACAGAGGCUACAAGCUUCCUGGAGAAAAAAGUGAAGAAGAAACUUGACUGGACCUUUGAGCAGACAGUUGAGACGGCGAUCACUUGCUUGUCAACUGUUCUGGCGAUCGAUUUUAAGCCAUCGGAGUUGGAGGUAGGCGUCAUCACAGCAGAGGAUCCGAAAUUCAGGAUUCUGUCAGAGUCAGAGGUGGACACUCAUUUGGUGUCUCUGGUUGAGAGGGACUGAGAUCUCCAAGGUGCUGCUCACAGUAUUCAGAUAGGAUCCCGUUCUGAGCUUUUGUUCUUAUGUAAAUUCCCCGUUCCAUUAAAUACAUUUUGAGAAAAAUA